AAUGUUUGGCGAUGUCCUACAUGCAAGUCUGGCUCGUCACCUUCGCUUACUUCAACCUCCCCUAUGCCUACGCAGUUAGACAGAAUCCAGGAACAGCUUAAUCAGAUUGCUUUCCAACUUGUACCUUUGAAAACUCUUAUAGAAGACGUGAAAAUUAUAAAAACGGAAGUUUCCGAUUUGAAAGCAUCUAUUGAAAUGGCGCACGAUACUAUGGAAAACCUCACGAAGACAGUCGCGGACUUGGAUGCCAGAGUAUCACACGUUGAAAGGAUAGCUGACUUGGUUCCUGCCUUACAGGAUGAGAUUAUCAAAUUAAAUCAGGAUAUUGAGGAUAGGGACCAGUGGGCACGUGCCAAUAAUGUGGAGAUUCGUGGGAUUCCUCUAAAAAAGAAUGAAAACCUCUACGAGUUUGCUCAGAGAAUCGGUGAAUUAUGCGACUACCCUGUUAGGAGGGAGGAUAUAAACUAUAUAGCAAGAAUACCAACUAGAAUUGCAGGUGCGGAGAAAUCAAUUGUAAUUGCUUUCAAUAAUCGGUACAUCAAAGAGAAUCUGGUGGCAUCUGCACGAAAAUGUAAACAGCUGACGCUUUCCAACCUGGGCUUUGCUGCGUCGGGGCCGGUUUAUGUUAAUGAUCAUCUCACUUUGAAGAACAAAACCCUAUUAAACAAAGCAAGAACACUAGCCCGUGAAAAGGAUUUUCGCUACAUCUGGGUGAAGCACUCGAAAAUAAUGGCCCGGAAGUCAGAUACAUCGCCUAUUUUCCUUAUAAAGAACGAAAAAGAUCUAACGAAAAUAAUAUAA